AUGGAACAGUCACCACUCAGUGGAAACGUCGACUCCGAUCCAUCAAUCGCCCUCUCCCUGCCCCAUCCCCCGUCCCCGCACCGCAGCUCCCCUCGCUCCCCGAGCAGGCCUCGCUGCCAGGCUGAGACCGGUGGGGGGGCGCGGGGAGCGGGCUGGCAGCGGCCCGGGGGGGAACCCCGGGGCACCCGCGGGGAGAGUUGUGUGCGAGGCACAUGUGUGCGGGCUGCGCGCACACACACGCACACGCACACACACUUUUGUGCUCACACCCACAAACGCGCCGAAAGAGGCGGCAAAGAGGGAGCGGCGGCGGAGGAAAAAUGGGUCAGGAGCGGGGCAGUUACCUGGUCAUGCUGGCUCCCCCGGUCCCAGCAGCAGCCGCCGCCGCCGCCUGCCCGCCUGCCCGCCUGCCGCCGCUUCCCGCCGCCGCCACCUCCUCCCACUGCUGCUCCCGGUCGGCUCCGGGGCGGCCAAUUUAAUCCAAGCCCCGAAGCGGCAGCAGCAGGAGCCACCAGCGGAGCCCUGCCACUGCUGCCUGGCGCUCCUGCGUGUCUCUCACAGUACGGCACCGGGGAGCGGAAGAGAGUCAACGAGAGUCCGAAAAUCCAGCAUCCAAAAGAGCCAGCCACUUUCAGAGUCCUCAUGGAGGCUACAUACCAGCAGUCCAAGUCUGAUGGAAAGCGCAAGAUGUGAAUGCAGGUUUAAAACUCAAAAGACGUAGCAAGGGAGGAAGUGAAAUGGGUCAGUUUUCCUGCUGUUUGUCUGAAUACCUACCUGGGACCAUACUCUUGAGUGACUUCCGCCAUAGCUCUUCAAGUAAAGGACCAACCAUAUGCCUUCAUGUCUCAGUCUCAUGAAUUUCAUAUAUUAAAUAGUGCUCUGUUCAUAGUGUGAGUGUUAUUUUCCUUUCUUCUGUUCUGCCUCAUAUUGUUACUUGCAUUCCUGGUAAAUAACAUCCCACUAAGCUCUUUAGCACAGUAGGACAUUCCAUUAACAACUGAAUCCAGCAGACAAUGAAUGGAUGGACACAGCAAAAUCAGGAAGGCAAGGGGGCGCAGGAUAGGUGGAUCAGGAAGGUUACUCUAUAGUUAUCUCUCCCUUUUUUUUCCAUAUAUUAUGAUAGCUGUAUUUUAAAGUUUCUUAUGAUUAACGUGUGACAAGAUGUUGGCUGAAUCGAUCAGAUUAUUUGUCAUAAAACUGCAAUAGUAGAUAUUUUGGGCAUUGGCUUACAAAAUAAUUGUAAAAAAUGUUCCUGAAUUGCUGAACUGAUACUUGAAAAUUCUUGUUUAUAAACCACAGUCACUCUGACUUCCUAUUGUUAAAAAUAAUAAAACACUACUAGACAAGUAAACACAUGUUAUCUAUAUGCAAGAACUUAUUCAACUAAUUCAGUUUUAGUGUCUUUUAAGUGCUGAUUUAGUACCUCAGCAGACAUUCUCAGUACUUGUCUUCAUCUUGUGAACAUUUGCGAUUCAUAUAAAUCUUCUAACUGAUGAAACAGGUAGGUAGAAACAAAGGUAUGGAGAGGAAAGUGAUUUUCAUUGUAGUUUUUUAUGAUCAUUUUUGCCACAUUUGCUAUUUUUUCCCUGCUGUCUUAAGGAAAUGAGGCUUUAUACACUUGCACGUUCUGCCUGGUACUCAAAGAACUUCUAUAUGUACCAGUGCAUUUCAAAUCUGUUUGAAAGGAUUCAGGUCUCCUAUCCUACAGGACUCAAACCUUGCUCUACUUUUUCUUCUGUGGAAAUGGAUGUUUGAAAGACAAGGAAGAUGAGCAGGUUGGUCCACACACUCACCUCAGCCCAUGCAUAGGUGUGACUGAGUCAGUCAUAUACCCUACCGGGGACCCAAGCUAGCAGGGUGGUGGAAUCAGGUGAUGUAGCACAUUAACUCAAGCUCAUUAGACUUGGUUGCUUCUGCUUGUCAGGGGACAACUUGUUGUACUAGCUAUUUGGUUUUUGAAGGGGGUGGAGUGUUUUGGUUUGGGUUUUUAAGUGGAAAGCGCAAGAGUCCAAAAAAACUAAUAAGUAAUCACACAGCACAUGAAUACCUGCAGGAAUUUGGAUAUGAUGAAACAGGAUCAGCUUUAUCAAAGUGCACUAUGAUGUGUGCCACAAACUGAAAAUAAACAGCAGUUUACAUAGGGAAAAUUGUAAAUAAGAUUUGUAGAUAGAGGAGGCAGCUUUGUCUUUUAUUUCUGGACUAUUUGGAGUAUCUCAGAUGUUUUGAGAACUCUGAUCACUAUUUAGAGAGGAUAUACUUAGAAUACAGAACACAGUGUGGUGAUAUUGUUCUUGAGUAUCAUGCAUGUAUAUAUAUAUAUAUAAAGUAUGGAUACGCACAGGUGCAGGAGUUCUGUUGCAAGAUCUGUCUUGAGUUUGAAUAUAGUGUGAUAGAUGCAGUCUUUUGUUCUUCUUUUUUUAAGUCUGGAUUCAAAAUGUAACCUUCAGGGGAAAAAGUUACCACUAAAUUUAAAGGACAGGAGCAGACAGCUAAGACUAGAAUCUCAGAAAUAUUUUCUAAUACGAGAAGAGGAAAAAGGAAUCCACUAAAGGAAAAGCAAUAGCCAAAUGACAGCUUGCUAGUUCACAUCUUUUACAACAACAAAACAAAAAUUAGACACCCUGUAUUUCCCAAUGUAUGUGAUUAUUUAAUGAUUGCUCAGCAUGCAUCAGGGAGACUAAAGGCACCAUUCUGCACACAGAAGUCAGAGAUCACAGUCUGUAUAACACUACUUGAUCUAAAUCUUGAUGAACUUCUUGAUGUAAAUAUUCAUAAGUAGCAGAAUUCAUAUAUUUAAAAACUCAGGAAGAUACUAAUAAUGUAACUCAUUCACAGAACUGGAAGAUUUUGUUAAUCUUUCACUUGAAUGCUGAGUUAUAGUUCCUAAGGAGACACUACUGGGUAGUUUACACAGUUUCUUUUAUAUAAGAGUACCCCAAAAUGCUUUCUAGAAAACAGGAUCUCACAAACUAACAACUGGUCCAAGUGAAGUCUCAUCAAUAUGAAUGUUUGUUCCCUUCUGCAAAACUUCAAGGAGGUUCAGAUCACAACAUCUUAUAUGGCAGUGCUGAGCUGUCAGGGGGUUGAACAGGGUGUAGAGGGAGGAAAAUGAAAAGUCUUAGUUUAUUUCCCAGCCUUGAACCUUUUGGUUCUUGAAUAUAGGAGUGUUAUGGAAGAAGCAACUCUCAUCUGAGGGAGGGAGUGUUGCUCCAUCCUUCUCAUGUUGCCUUCUUUCUACUCGUAAAUCAAGAGGCAUAGACAAGAACUGGGAGGCAAGAAAUGGAUUGUCCCAGCAAAGCAAACCUUGCAAGACAGAAUAUGAAGAGGGAAAAUAAAAAUAUAAAAUUCUUUUCAACAUCUCUCUCCUUACAGUUCCCUCCAGUUAAUAUUUGAAGGUCAUUAUUGCUGUGGGCCUAUAAAUAUUUCAACCACAGUAUAGACAAAUGUCUGCAGUACCAAAAGAAGGAUAUGUUUUGCUAGAGUGGACCCUGUCACGCCAUGUCUUGCCUUUGAGUCUGUCUCAAAAUAGCCAAGUUUAUACCUCUUCUGUUGAAUCUGAUCAAUUUAUACAGAUGCAAUUAAAGUAAUUUUUCUCCUCAACAUAAAUCUCACUAACUUUAGAGAAUGUGUUUCCUAAUUAAAAGUAUAGAAAAGUGUCUGUGACUAGUGGGCAAGUGUCCUCAUUACCAAAAAAAAGGUGUUAUAUUUGAUAAUUAUGUUCAAGCAAAGGACUUUAUGAAAAAUCAUGUUAUUCUCUCAUUUCUAGAUGCAGUUGUUCCAGAGGAAACUGAAAGUUUAAUGGCAGGUCAAUCUAGAUAAAGCAUCCUGAAGUAUUUAGUGCUGUCCCAAAGUUUGAGGGCUACUAAUCCAUCACUUUUAAUAAGCACUGUGUUCAACUUAUUUUCAGUUUUAAAUAGAAAAUAUUGCAAAUUC